AUGGAUUCAGUGGGGACGAUGUUAGAAGAAGACUGGAGUUGUCUCGGUGGGAUGUACACUACUGAUCAAGAAGCCGAUUUCAUGGCUCAAUUGCUUAGCAACCGUCCCUUACCUGUUGAUGAUCUGCUCGAUGGCGGCUCGAACUCGAAGUUCGAAUCGGUUUUUUGGCUUGCAAAUCAUGAGAAUAUGACUACUUUCUACUGUUUUUCGGAUAUGAGUAGUUAUAGUCCUGGUAGUAAAGCUCUUUUUUCGUCUUCGUCGAGCCAAGAGAGCUUUUAUCUGAGUGAUUCUCAUCUAGUUUCGAUGGAUUUUCGUAUGGAAGACGGCACGAACACGAGCUCGUUCCUCGUCGGAGCCGAUGAUUGUUUGAACGGUGAUAAAAUCAUGCAAGAACAUGUUUCUGAUAAGAUUUUGGACCCCAAAAGGGGACUCGGUAUGGCGAAACCGGAACCGAUUGUAGCCGAGAAGAAAAGCAGCAUCGUAUCAGAGAAUUCGAAGAAAAGAACGAGGAGUUCCGGAGAUGUUCAAAAGACCAUGAAAAAUGCAAGGUCAAAAAAGAACAUCUCGAUCGAGGAAGACGUCCGUAGUGCCGGUCUCAACGAGCAAAGCUGGACCAGUUGCUCGGCCGAGGAUGAUUCGAAUGCCUCUGGGGAUGCAGCACUAAAUUUGAAUGGCAAAACAAGAGCAAGCGGGGGAGCUGUCACUGUUCCUCAAAGCCUUUAUGCAAGGAAAAGAAGGGAAAGAAUCAACGAAAGAUUGCGAAUUCUACAGAAUCUUGUCCCCAAUGGAACAAAGGUUGAUCUUAGUACAAUGCUUGAAGAAGCAGUCCAAUAUGUAAAGUUCUUGCAGCUGCAGAUUAAGCUGUUGAGUUCCGAUGAUCUAUGGAUGUACGCGCCCAUUGCAUACAACGGAAUGGAUAUCGGACUCGAUCUCAAGGCUGGGACGGCAAUGAGAUCAUAGAAAGGCGUUGUCGGACCGUCGCGGUCCGAAA